AUGCUCCUCGCUGCCAGUUUCAUUAUUUUGUGCAGCAUAGCUGUUUUUUUCGCCAGCUCCUCCUCUACUACUUCAUCAUCUCCUUCUCCUGUGGUCCAACACGGCAAAGAAACAUCCAAAAACUCCACCUGCAAGAAUUCCGUCGACCACAACGCAACAUGCCCAGGUGGAGCUCCGGAGGAAUUUUUGUCGGCAGUCAACACUGCGAAUGCCACAUUGCUUCUAAAAACCGAGCAGGAGCAGUUGCCGUUUUCAGACGCAGUAAACGUAAACACCACCAGUAACCAGCGUGUGCACAACGCCUCGACGCCGGCGAUCCCCUCGUCCAUUACUAUUGCAGCCCCAUCCGUACAACCAUUUUUCUCCUCGGUGACGAACGAAACCGCGGACGCGCACAUAAUCACGACGGCAACUUUUGCCGCGUCGGUGCCAGUCGGGCUGGGAAUGACAAACAGGACGAAUCCGCGGCAGCUGGUGGAGGCGAAGUCCCCCCGUCGCGCGACAACGGGAGCGAUGGCCAAGGAGCUGGUAAAAAGAUGGCGUCAGCCAACAUCAAGGCGAGGAAAAUGGUGGCGAUGGUGA